AUGCAUGGUCAGCUGCUACCUGAAGCAAAAUAUAAGAUAGAAGUACCAAAUGAAUAUUUUACUUCUGCCUUUACCAAAUUAGAAGAUGGUGACAAUGGCCUAGUUGAAAAUGUAGGUGUUGAGCAUCUGAGCAGUAUAGUGAAAGAUGAAGAGCGUUCAUCAGAGUAUCCUUCAUGUCAGUACCUAUGCAAACUUUGCCUAGUUCAUAUUGAAAAUAUCCAGGGUGCUCAUAAGCAUAUAAAAGAAAAGCGACAUAAGAAAAAUAUUGCAGAGAAACAAGAAGAAAAUGAACUUCGUAAUCUUAUACCACCAACUCCUGACCAUUUGGCUGCAUUAAAUUCUGCUGUGCUACAAGCUGCACAGAAAGAAGGGAUUUCUGAGCAGGAUUUUCAAGUCCGGAAGCAUAUUGUGAAUGAGAUGGAGAAAAUUAUUCAACAACAUUUGCCAGAUUGCUCAUUGAGGUUGUAUGGUUCUUGUCUUACAAGGUUUGCUUUCAAAACUAGUGACAUCAACAUUGAUGUAAAAUUCCCUUCCCAUUUAAAUCAGCCAGAUGUUUUGAUACAAGUGCUGGACAUUAUUAAAAACCAUUCUUUAUAUUCAGAUGUCAAGUCUGAUUUCCAUGCCAAAGUUCCAAUUAUCUCCUGCAGGGAUAUACAAAGUGGUCUGAUUUGUAAAGUCAGUGCAGGGAACGAUGUGGCCUGCCUUACUACUAACCUUCUAGCAGCUCUGUCCAAAUUGGAGCCUCGACUGAUCCCGCUAGUUCUAGCAUUUCGAUGCUGGGCAAGGGUGUGCCACAUAGACUGUCAAGCAGAAGGUGGCAUUCCCUCCUAUUCAUUUACAUUGAUGGUGAUAUUUUUUCUUCAACAAAGACAAGAACCUCUUUUACCAGCUUACUUGGGCUCAUGGAUUGAAGGUUUUGACUUGAAACGAAUUGAUGAGUAUCACCUGCAAGGCAUACAGAAUGAUGAAUAUGUGUUGUGGGAGCACAAACCAGCAAACUCUGGAGAAACAAAAAAUAUGAGCAAUGGAGACGGUAAAACCUUAAAUAAAGCAGAGCAUAGAAAAUCUUCAAAUAAAAAGAUGGAAAGCAGUGAACCUCAGAACCAAAGUAUUUCAUCAAAAGAAAAGCAAGGCAAAGCUGCAUUGACGUUUGGUUCAACACAUCACGUUUCUCUUGGACACCUCUGGCUAGAAUUACUGAAAUUUUACACUCUAGAAUUUGCAUUGGAAGAGUACGUCAUCUGUAUACGGGUAAAAGAUCUUGUAACAAGAGAGACUAAAAACUGGCCGAAAAGGAGAAUAGCUAUUGAGGACCCUUUUGCACUAAAGAGAAAUAUUGCUCGCAGUUUGAACAGCCAGAUGGUGUUUGAGUAUAUUCUGGAACGAUUUAGGACUGCAUAUAAAUAUUUCGCAUCCCCUCAAAUGAAAGAUGGGAUUAAGUUAAAACCAGAUGCUAGGAAAAAAGGGAAAGUCAACAAUAAAAAGCCUUUAAAAUCAGAAGAACAUUCAGGGAAUUGUUGCCUGCCUCAGAAGGAAACUGAAAUAGGGAGAGAUAUUAAAGAAUCUUCGCUUGAAGAAGAAAUAACAAAUGGAACCAAUGACAGUGGAACAUCAGAAUAUAUUAACACAACUGUUGAUUGUACUUCAAAUGUUAAUAUAGAUGCUGAGCAUUUGGAACUGAAGAGUGUUCCAUCUUCCAAUAGUGGAAUUGCAGUGAAUUUUAAAAAAUGCAAUCUUGGGAAACCAGAGGCUGGCAACUUUACCAGAGAUUCCAGUGAAAGAUUACUCAGUUGUGAUUCAGUCAAACAAUCCACUAGAACACUGGCACUUUCAGGUUCUUCAGAGAGUUGUUCAAAGCAGGCAGGCCUGGAAGAGUUAGGACAUGAAUCCAUGGAAAAUAUGAUGCUGCCAGCCAGUUUGCAACUGCAUGGACAAAAAGAUAGUUGCAAACUCGGAGUACAUUGCUCAGAAGGAACAAAUUGCACUGCCAGUUGUGUAUCAACUACCUCACUAACUUGCACAACAGAAACUGAAGCUUCAAGCUGCACUGUUAUUGAUGACACUGGGAAUGCAUCAGCAACAGGAGAGCUGCAUUAUGUCUUUGAGAAAAGCAUUCUAACGAAUGGAAAGCCCCCAACAAUUGUAUGCAGCAUCUGCAAACGGGAUGGACAUUCAAGGAAUGAUUGCCCAGAAGAUUUCAAGAAGAUUGAUUUGAAACCUUUGCCACCUAUGAUAAAUAAAUUUAAGCAAAUUCUUGAUCUAGUCUGCACGAAAUGUUAUGAUGAACUCUCACCUCUUGAGGAACAAAAUAGAGAACAAACCUUAGCAAGUUUGGAAAGAUUUAUCCGUAAAGAAUUUGAUGACAAGGCCAGACUGUGUUUGUUUGGAUCGUCUAAAAAUGGUUUUGGGUUUCGUGAUAGCGACUUGGAUAUAUGCAUGACUUUGGAAGGCCAUGAGACUGCAGAGAAACUCAAUUGUAAAGAAAUAAUUGAAGGUCUGGCAAAAGUUCUCAAGAAGCAUCCAGGUUUGAGAAACAUCUUGCCCAUAACAACAGCUAAAGUGCCUAUUGUAAAAUUUGAACACAGGCAAAGUGGGUUGGAAGGAGAUAUCAGCUUGUACAACACUUUGGCCCAGCAUAACACAAGGAUGUUGGCUACAUAUGCUGCAAUUGAUCCUAGAGUGAAAUAUUUGGGGUACACUAUGAAAGUGUUUGCCAAGCGUUGUGAUAUUGGUGAUGCCUCAAGAGGAAGCCUAUCCUCAUAUGCCUAUGUCCUCAUGGUGCUCUACUUUCUACAACAAAGAAAGCCACCAGUUAUUCCUGUUCUUCAAGAAAUUUUUGAUGGAAAAGAAGCACCUCAAAGAAUGGUAGAUGGAUGGAAUGCUUUCUUCUUUGAUGAUAUUGAAGAACUGAAGAAAAAGUUGCCUGAACUUGGGACAAACAAAGAAUCAGUGGGUGAACUUUGGCUCGGCCUAUUGCGAUUUUACACUGAAGAAUUUGAUUUCAAGGAGUAUGUUAUCUGCAUCAGACAGAAGAAGCUUUUAACAACAUUUGAAAAGCAGUGGACUUCAAAAUGUAUCGCAAUAGAAGAUCCUUUUGAUUUGAAUCACAAUCUUGGUGCUGGAGUUUCAAGAAAAAUGACCAACUUUAUUAUGAAGGCUUUUAUAAAUGGCCGCAGAUUAUUUGGUACACCUGUGUAUCCACAUCCUGGCAUGGAAACAGAUUACUUUUUUGAUUCGAAAAUCCUGACUGAUGGAGAGUUGGCACCAAAUGAUAGAUGUUGUCGUAUCUGUGGGAAAAUUGGACAUUACAUGAAAGACUGCCCAAAGAGGAGGAGAAUGAAGAAGAAAGAAAAUGAGAAAGAUGAAGAGAAAGAUUCAAAGGAGGAAGAAAAAGAACUAAGAGAAAAACGAUGCUUUAUCUGUGGUGACACCAGUCAUAUGAGAAGGGACUGUCCAGAAAUCAGAACAGCCCGACUAAGGAAUAACACUGUGCCUGUUCCUCAGGUUGCACGAAACAUUACCAGUGUACAGGCAGUUGCAACUUCCCAGGCAUCUACAUCAUAUUCAGGACAUCAUCAGGAUUUCCCACAUCGUAACAGGCAACCCUCAGAAUGUUCAGAACCACAUCAGACGCCUCCUUAUUCUCCUCAAACUGUGCAUCAGCAGUUAACACCAAAUUCAUCUCAAACAGCCUCUGUUUCCCAUCCACAGACCCAACAAGCAGCUUCUCAAAAUAAGCUUGCACAGACACUUGCUCAACCAACCCAUCAGGUUCAAAUGUCCUUGUUUCCGUAUGCUCAGCCUCACCCAGGUCAGUUUUCCAGUGUGCACAGCCUGGGUUUAAUACAGUCACACCAACCGCAGCACCAGGUGCAAAUGCCCACUAAUUCUUGGCCUACUCUGCUUCAACCUGCAUCUGGUAACCAUCCCAACAUUACUUUCCCUAUGCGGUCAAGCAGCAACACAGCUAAUCCCAACAAUAUGAAUUUGAAUGAUCCUAGUAUCAUCUUUGCUCAGCCUGCUACUAGGCCCAUGGGUAUCUCCAACACUCCUCACGAUGGACAGUGGCACAAUCACAUGACUCGCAGCACACUAGUGGGAAAUGGCACUCUGGGAGCUUCAGAUCAAAGGUUUCAGGGACAAUUUGCAAAACUAAAUCCUCCACCCAUACCUUGGGAGCAUCAUCCUCUUCCUCAUUUUCAAGCACCGUGGCCUUACAGAAUGCCUCAGAACUUCAUUCAGCAGGGAAAUACGAACUAUCCUCAGCAGAACAAAUCCUACUAUUCUCAAGGUCCCACAAUCCACAGUAACCAGCAUUUUCCAAUCAUGCAGCAAGGAAGAGUACGGAUGAAUUACAUUCAACAAAAGAAGUGACUUAAAUGGAAAUUCACACCAUGAUACGCAGUUAGAGAACCCUACUCACUUGGAAAAGAGGAGCAGGAAUUAUUUUAAGACUUUUUUUAAUCUGUAUGAUUUGUACAUAGACCAAACCUGAUUGUAAUUUUUACUAGUUUUUGUUGUGAUGCAUCACAAUGUGACUUAUGAUACAGAUCACAUCUAUUUUAAUGCCUCCCAUUUUUGAAGGUGGGGUAAAAUCAUUUUUUGUUUGAAGCUGAUGGAACUGUAAAGAAAAAGCUUUUAAAAAAACUGGAUUUAUUUUCUCUGUUGUAUUCAUACUUUGGCUGCCUCAGACUUUGUAUAUGGUUCUUAAAAAAAAAAGAAAAUAUGGUUUAAAGAUGGUCAGCUGUAUUCAGAGCAAAAGUAUAUAGUGCCAAAUGCCUUUUAAAAAUAAACUGUAGCUUUUUAAUAAA